AAAUGAAACAUUCAUUUUAACACUUUUUCAGCUUAUCACUUGGAAGGUGAAGAAUGAAGAUAGUCUCUCGAAGAUAGUCCAGUCCAGUGCAGAAAGAAGUCAAGCAGGGGAGAGCACAGGCAGAGAGGUGCAGACAAGAAUGGCGGGGAGAGUACACACCUCCUUCCACAGUGGUCUCUGCUUUUCUUCUCUUUUGCUUUCGACAAGGUAUCCCAAGUCCACUCUCCCCCCGAAUCGUCGUCUCUGUUUUCCUCAAAAGCCCUUCCCUUCCUCCUCCAUUGGACCUCUCUUCUCCACUUGCUCCAACACUCUCCCAACCACUACUGCAAUCGACGCCUCAGAACCGUUCGUCAUCACAACUCCGCUUUAUUACGUUAACGCCCCGCCUCACAUGGGCAGCGCCUACACUACCAUCGCCGCCGACGCCAUUGCCCGAUUUCAGAGGCUUUUAGGAAAGAAAGUUAUAUUCAUUACUGGCACAGAUGAGCAUGGGGAGAAGAUUGCGACUGCAGCUGCUGUCCAAGGUUCCAGCCCAAGUGAACAUUGUGAUGUCAUUUCACAUGCUUACACGACACUUUGGAAAGAUUUAGACAUAGCCUAUGACAAGUUCAUUCGAACGACUGAUCCCAAACAUGAAGCAAUCGUGAAGGAAUUUUAUGUGAGGGUCCUUGCCAAUGGUGAUAUCUAUCGGGCUGACUAUGAAGGACUUUACUGUGUCAACUGUGAGGAGUAUAAGGAUGAGAAGGAAUUGCUUGACAACAAUUGUUGCCCUAUGCAUCUAAAGCCUUGUGUUCCACGUAAAGAGGACAAUUACUUCUUUGCGCUGUCGAAAUAUCAAAAAGUGUUGGAAGAGGUUUUAAUAAAAAAUCCUGAUUUUGUGCAGCCUUCUUUCCGUUUAAAUGAGGUGCAAAGUUGGAUCAGAAGUGGCUUGAGAGAUUUCUCCAUUUCUCGAGCAUCUGUGGAGUGGGGCAUACGGCUUCCAAAUGAUAAUACACAAACCAUUUAUGUUUGGUUUGAUGCUUUAGUGGGUUAUUUAUCAGCACUGUCAAAGGACACAGAGCUACCUAAUCUGCAUAGUGCUGCUUCUUCAGGUUGGCCUGCCUCGCUACACUUAAUUGGCAAGGAUAUUUUGCGUUUUCAUGCAGUUUACUGGCCAGCUAUAUUAUUGUCAGCUGGAUUAGACCUUCCUAAGAUGGUUUUUGGUCACGGAUUCUUGACAAAGGAUGGCAUGAAGAUGGGAAAAUCCCUAGGAAAUACCCUUGAACCAAAUGAUUUGGUGCAUAGAUUUGGGUCCGAUGCUGUCAGGUAUUUUUUUCUCAGGGAGGUGGAGUUUGGUAGUGAUGGGGACUACUCAGAGGACCGUUUCGUCUAUAUUGUCAAUGCACAUCUUGCCAAUACAAUAGGGAAUCUUCUUAAUCGCACCCUCUGGCUUCUGAAGAAGAAUUGCCAAUCAACUUUGAUGGUUGAUUCCACUAUUGCAGCUGAAGGCAAAGAAUUCAAGGACACUGUAAAAAAAUUGGUUGAAAAGGCUCACAUUCAGUAUCAAAAUCUCUCAUUGGCAUCAGCUUGUGACGCUGUGCUAGAGAUUGGCAAUGCUGGAAACUUGUACAUGGAUAGCCAUGCACCAUGGUCCCUUUUUAAGAAAGGGGGUGCUGCUGCCGAACAGGCUGCAAAGGAUCUUGUGGUUAUUUUGGAAGCAGUGAGGAUUAUAGCAGUUGCAUUAUCUCCAGUUACACCAAGCUUAUGUUUGAGAAUAUAUGCUCAGCUUGGCUACUCGAAGGAUGAUUUCAAUACCGUGACCUGGAGUGAAACAGAAUGGGGUGGGCUGAAGGGUGGUCAGGUCAUGGCUCAACCGAAACCUGUAUUCACCAGGAUCGAGAACACAACAGAUGGGGAAGUUGGGGUUGAGGCAGCUAAGGUAGCAAAAGGCAAAAGCCAACAACUCCAGCAAUAUGUGCGAGACAUGCGGAGAGGACUUUGAAUCAAG